AUUAUUAGUUAACCUCUCGUCCCGAGUUGCAUUACGUGUAAAUCCUUUAUUUUAAAGCGUACCACCACCGUCGACUCAUUUAUUCGACCACCAGUCCAAGUAAAGCGUGCUUUUUCCCUCGGAAAAUUUCGCAUUUGCUUUUAUUAUUGUAUCAUCCCUGUCGGAAAUUGGGGCAGCCGACCCAAAAAAAAUCCUAAAAUUGCGCAAAUUUAGCGAUUUUUUAGCAAACCCAAGAACUCAUGCUGUUUGAAUCUUUCUUGGGCGCAUGAUCGCGAUGGCGUGACGGUGUGUUGGUCCAGACAAAUUAUUUGCAUCUUCCAUACAAGCCAGCGUAAAAAUUGAGUUGGAAGACUGGUAACCCCGAUUUAGCCCGAAACGUGUGUAGAAGCUCGAUUUUAAAGUAGCGAGUGUUACAUGUGAGCUCUAUUAGUGUUUGUCUGUAAAAUCGAAUUCGAUAAAAUGGGAUACGACGAUGUAAUUCCAUUAAUAGGCGACUUUGGAAGGUACCAGAAGCGCAUCUAUUUCCUAUUAUGCCUUCCAGCUAUACUCUGUGCAUUUCAUAAACUGGGCAACGUGUUCCUCGUUGCUGAACCUGAAUACAGGUGCAAACUACCCUCUGAACUUCCCAAUGCCAGUUAUCACCUAACCCCCGAAAUAUUGAAUAAAUCCUAUCCAUGGGAUUCUUUCAAAAAAAAGUAUUCGUCGUGCGUCAUGCUUGUUAAUAAUACCGAAAGAAAAUGCCACGAAUAUGUCUAUGACACAGACGUGUAUGGAUACACCGCAGUAAUCGAAUGGGAACUCACAUGUGAUAAAGCUCACACGAUAGCCACCAGCAAUGCAAUUUUUAUGGUAGGAGUUAUGUUAGGUUCUAUAAUCUUCGGGCAAUUAUCAGACAAAUUCGGCAGGAAACUCAUCUUUUUCAUUUCUCUAGUAAUACAAGUCGUUUUUGGCUUAAUCGCCGCCUUCGCACCAGAACUAUGGUCAUUUUCUUUAGCUCGAGCCAUCGUCGGGGCUACCACUUCAGGCGUCUUUUUAGUAGCCUACGUCAUCGCUUUGGAGAUGGUGGGACCCCAAAAGCGGCUUUUGGCGGGAACGGGGUGCCAAAUGUUCUUCUCCGCUGGCUACAUGCUAACUGCAGCCUUCGCUGUUUACAUCAACGACUGGAGAAACCUUCAGCUGGCGUUGACCAUUCCCGGUUUGGUGUUCUUUUGCUACUGGUGGUUUAUCCCGGAAUCUACGAGAUGGUUAAUCAGCCAAAAUCGAAUAAGUGAAGCUAAAACCCUUAUUAAAAUUGCUGCCAAAGCAAACAAAAAAACAAUCACGGACGACCAGUUGCACAAUUUGCUCAUUUCCGAUGCAAAACCUGUCAAUCGUCUAGACAAUCAAGCGACUGUACUGGAUAUUUUCAAACAUUCCAAUUUAAGAAAACGAUCUCUGAUUAUAUUAUUUGAUUGGUUUGCAAAUAAUAUUACUUACUAUGGCCUCUCUUGGAACACGAAUAAUUUAGGGGGAAAUCCGUACAUCAACUUCGUUAUAUCCGGAGCUGUAGAAAUUCCUGCUUACAUUUUUCUUUUGUUGACUUUGAAUAGAUGGGGACGCAAGUUUGUGAUGUGUGGAUGCAUGAUCACCGCCGGGUUAGCUUUAUUACUUACUAUGGCCAUUCCAAAUGAUCAACAAUGGUUAAUAGUUACUUUAGCCAUGAUCGGAAAACUAGCCAUUACUGCUAGCUAUGGAGCAGUUUACAUUUUUUCGACUGAGCAAUUUCCCACUGCCAUUAGAAAUGCUGGGUUAGGUGCUGGAUCUACGUGUGCGCGCAUGGGCUCGAUUACUUCACCUUACAUUAAUCUACUGAGCAAAUUUUGGGACCCUCUUCCUUUGAUAGUUUUUGGUUCCUUGUCAUUGUUUGGAGGUGUCAUAUCUUUGGUUUUACCAGAAACGUUGAACAAGAAGCUGCCAGAAACCAUAGAAGAAGGCGAAGCUUUUGGAAAGAAACUCAAGAAGUGCGUAGACGAAGAGCAACCACUUAGCGUAAACGGAACUAAGAAACCAAUUAGAAUUAUGAAAAAUGGAGGAACGAAAUAGUCGUUAACUAGACAGUAUUAAAACGUUUAAAUUUUGAUUUCAGUAGUUGUUUUUUGAAGAAUACCUAGUUGUAAGUACUUUUAUCCACUUUUAUUCUGAAAAGGUGCUAAAGUUUUAUUACAUCACAAAAUUCAAACCAAAUAUAUUGUUGGAAAUUAACCGUAAUUUUAGAGUUGUUACUGUGAAAAAAGCUAGUCAUUACUGAUUUUACAAUUGUGUAUUGGUUUUCUCUUUUCAAAAAUUGAUGUUUGAUAAAACGUGCCAAAACUCAACGUUUUUAUGAAUUUACAAUAAAAACAAAAGUAAUAUGGAUAAAUACUUAAAACGUAGUAUUUAUAAGCUCAUUUACAUAAAAAAUGGCAUUGAAGUGUUCCGUUUUAAAAAUACUUACGCUGCACAAGUCUGACAGGUAUUUACAACUGAAGUAUCGUCUCGUAUUAAACCUUUGGAGGUUCUCCUGGAAAAAUUGUGCUUGUGCAUAAUUAGAUGUGAAUAGUAGAGCUUCCGCCGCUUCAAAUUACACGAAUAAUGAUAAUUGGAAAAUUGCUAUUUUAUGGUAGUGUCUAUUCAAUUGCUUUAUAAUAGCUAAUAAUACAAUAAUGGUACUACAUGGUUUUUAUUUUGUUUAUUUGCUGUUUUAACUCAUGGACGGUACUUAAAAAAUCGAAAUUUAUAAUUUAAUAGCACGUGAUUCGCAAAGAACAAAUAAGUUUGACCUUUAGUUGCAAAUGCCUAAGGCUUGAAUGAUAAUGUGUUGUAGACUGAUGAAUUAGUUACAGACUUAUAAUAACUAUAUAAUAACUAUUUUUAAUUUACAUUAUUAGUUAAAAAAAUUCUUAUUCUCUAAGUUCAUUCACAUUAAUUGUUCUCUACAUAGAACGGAGAUUAAUACCUUACAAUAUUUACAUAUGCGCCUUUUUAUGCGAAACAAGUUUUAUUAUUCACAGUUAAAAGUUCUUUACUGCAUCUGCGUUAAAUGUUUAUUUAAGGAAAACAUUGGUAGUGCAAAAAUCGGUUAAAUUCGAGCCGCGCCCAUAAUGGUGCCAGAAGUAUGAUCUGUUGCUUUAUAUUAGUUGUAAGUUAGCUAUUCAAAAAGUGGAAGUGAUGUUGACGUAAUUUCCAAAACUCAAUUUUUAUGUGUUAGUAAUCCAUAAGAGCUUUGAAAGCGUGUUCAAUCUAUGUUGUUGUGUUUCUUUGAAAAUUUUAUAUGUUUUGUAUUUUUUAAUGAACGAGACAAGUUGUUGGGCAGGUCGCAUUGUCUUGAUCAGCCGGUGAUAAGCAGAUUACUCUCUCUACGUCUGUGUUUAUUGGUUAAUCAAAAUCCGUUAGUGUAAACCUAUUGAAAUGUAGUAAUUUUUUUUCGAAUUUGACAUUAUAUGCAUUUACAAAUUUUAUAUAAAGCGAUUUUUGAAAUAAAUGUGAUUGCAAAACC